CAAAUUUAAUCUUUCCUUGUGAUUCAUGUCCCUCUCAGAGGAUUUUGACUGUUAAGUAAAGUUUACUAUUGACUUGUUGGCAAAUUCCUGGUUUUGUUUGUUUUUGCUUUGGGAUUUUGGUGUGUGUGUUUCUCUCUCUUUGUAGUACUUUCUUCAUUCGCUAUGUCUUUUAGUUUUCUCUGGCUUGUCUUUUAUUCUUAUCCAUACAUAUGGUAAGUCAAUUUGUAUUCAGAAAUACCUCAUUUAUACAGAGAAAUGAAGGAUCUUAAGUAAUUGCAUGCAUUUACUGGUUAAAACUUAACUGCGAGUUUGGUUCACUUAGGACCUUGGUCACAUUAAUCUGUAGUAGUGAGAGGGUUCUUCCAGCCCUGGGCUUAGAACAGAGUAGCUCAGUGCUUGGGAUACUCCCAACAUCUGAGGCUGACUAUUGAACUCCAGUGAUAAUCAUUGAAAAUUAUUUACUUCCUUAAUUAUGAAAGUAGCUCAUUGUUGAAUAUUUAGAAACACACAGAAGAUGACUGAAGUCGUUGAUUAUAAAUAACUGGCAUUUGAGUAUCCUUCCACUCUCUCAAAAACGUGCCCAUAUAUUUAUUUUUAGACAUUAGAGAUCAAGCUGAAAAUACUGUUUAAUUUCCCUUUUUUACUUAACAUUAUAGUAAUAGUAUUUUCUACGUCACUAAAAUUAUUUGAAAAUAUAAUUUUUAAGAGCUGCUUAAUAAUCCACCAUUAACGUGUUUGACUUUUCUUCAGUAACAAAAAUCAUUCUGCAAUGGGUCAUUUUGAGUAUAAGUCUUUGACUACAUCUCUGAUCUCUCUGAUCUUUUUUUUAGGACGGCUUCCUUGGAGUUACUAAGUCAAAGAGUAUACAAUUUUUAGGGCCCGAUAGAUUUCAUGAUGGUAAUCUAUUUUAAAAUUUAAAUGACUGGUAUUGUUGAUACCACAACAGAAACCACAUCAAAGAAAACAAAAUUCUUCCCAGAAAUUCUUUUUACUUGAAGUUUGACAAGUGAGUUUCAUUCAUCCGGGCAGACUCCCUCCCCUCUUCUGUAAAGGCUGCAGGAGACCUGUAGCUGUCACAGGGCCUUCCCUAAAAGCCUGCAGGGGAGGACUGCCCCAGCGCUGCCCUCGCCAUGCUCCGGACUGUUCUGGCCGCUCCCCAGCGGUUGCUGAAGGAGGGGAGAGCAUCCCGGCAGCUGGUACUGGUGGUGGUAUUCGUCGCUCUGCUCCUGGACAACAUGCUGCUUACUGUGGUGGUACCAAUUGUGCCCACCUUCCUAUAUGACAUGGAAUUCAAAGAAGUCAACUCUUCUCUGCACCUCGGCCCUGCCGGAAGUUCCCCACAUGCCCUCGCCUCUCCUCCCUUUUCCACCGUCUUCUCCUUCUUCGACAACACCACCAUGGCUGUUGAAGAAAGCGUGCCCAGUGGCAUAGCAUGGACGAAUGACACCGCCAGCAGCAUCCCACCUCCGGCCACUGAAGCCAUCUCAGCUCCUAAAAACAACUGCUUGCAAGGCACAGAAUUCUUGGAGGAAGAGAAUACCCGGGUUGGGGUUCUGUUUGCUUCAAAGGCUGUGAUGCAACUUCUGGUCAACCCUUUCGUGGGCCCUCUCACCAACAGGAUUGGAUAUCACAUCCCCAUGUUUGCUGGCUUUGUUAUCAUGUUUCUCUCCACAGUUAUGUUUGCUUUCUCUGGGACCUACACUCUACUCUUUGUGGCCCGAACCCUUCAAGGCAUUGGAUCUUCAUUUUCAUCUGUUGCAGGUCUUGGGAUGCUGGCCAGUGUCUACACCGAUGACCAUGAGAGAGGACGAGCCAUGGGAAUUGCUCUAGGGGGCCUGGCCCUGGGGCUGCUGGUGGGAGCUCCCUUCGGAAGUGUAAUGUAUGAGUUUGUUGGGAAGUCUGCACCUUUCCUCAUCCUGGCCUUCCUGGCACUACUGGAUGGAGCACUCCAGCUUUGCAUCCUACAGCCUUCCAAAGUCUCUCCUGAGAGUGCCAAGGGGACUCCACUCUUUAUGCUUCUCAAAGACCCUUACAUCCUGGUGGCUGCAGGGUCCAUCUGCUUUGCCAACAUGGGAGUGGCCAUCCUGGAGCCCACACUGCCCAUCUGGAUGAUGCAGACCAUGUGCUCCCCCAAGUGGCAGCUGGGUCUAGCUUUCUUGCCUGCCAGCGUGUCCUACCUCAUUGGCACCAACCUCUUUGGUGUGUUGGCCAACAAGAUGGGUCGGUGGCUGUGUUCCCUAAUCGGGAUGCUGGCAGUAGGUACCAGCUUGCUCUGUGUUCCUCUGGCUCACAAUAUUUUUGGUCUCAUUGGCCCCAAUGCAGGGCUUGGCCUUGCCAUAGGCAUGGUGGAUUCCUCUAUGAUGCCCAUCAUGGGGCACCUGGUGGAUCUACGCCACACCUCGGUGUAUGGGAGUGUCUACGCCAUCGCUGAUGUGGCUUUUUGCAUGGGCUUUGCUAUAGGUCCAUCCACCGGGGGUGCCAUUGUACAGGCCAUCGGUUUCCCCUGGCUCAUGGUCAUCACUGGGGUCGUCAACAUCGUCUAUGCUCCACUCUGCUACUACCUGCGGAGCCCCCCAGCCAAGGAAGAGAAGCUUGCUAUUCUGAGUCAGGACUGCCCCAUGGAGACCCGAACGUACGCAACCCAGAAGCCCACGAAGGAAUUUCCCCUGGGGGAGGACAGUGAUGAUGAGCCUGACCAUGAGGAGUAGCUGCAGAAAGUGCUCCCUGAAUUCAUGACGCCUCAGUGACCACCUCUUUCCCUGGGACCAGAUCACUAUGGCUGAGCGCACGGCUCAGUGGGCUUCACAUACCUCUUCCUGGGAAUCUUCUUUCCUCCCCUCCCAUGGACACUGUCCCCGAUACUCUUCUCACCUAUGUAACCUGUAGCUCUCCCUCUACGCCUUGGUGCUGCAGUGGCCCAACUUUGAUGGCAAGACAGAGUGAUGCACCUUCCCGCUGCUGUGAGGUUGAUUAAACCUGAGCUGUGAUGGGUUCUGCAAGGGGUGACUCAUUGCGUGGAGGCGGUAGUGAGCAAUGUGCCCCUGAAACCAG